AGCUAACCAGCUGGUAAUAUCUUAUACAAGAACAAGAUAGCUGUGAUUACAUUUUUAUUAUUAUAAAUCUUGUUUAUUGUUUUUUUGUAUUAUAUCUGUUUGUCAUUUACUUGUUUAUUUUAUAUUUUAUAAUGAGUGAACCAGGUUUUGGUAAAUUAGAAAGUUACCUAAAAAUCUCCAAACUCGGUGAAGGAACCUAUGCAACUGUUUAUAAAGGACAAAGCCGAGCAAAUGGUGCUUUGGUUGCUCUCAAAGAGAUUAGAUUUGCACAUGAAGAGGGAACACCUUGUACUGCUAUAAGAGAAGUCUCUCUGCUACGAGGAUUGAAGCACAAUAACAUCGUGACACUUCACGAUAUCAUACACACUGAUAAAACUCUUACCUUGGUGUUCGAGUAUCUGGAGCAAGAUCUGAGGCAAUACAUGGAUCAUUGUGCGAAUCUUUUGAGCCAAAAUAAUGUUAAGAUUUUUCUUUUCCAACUAUUAAGAGGACUUUCAUACAUUCAUCGGAAACAAAUUUUACACCGAGAUUUAAAGCCACAAAAUCUUUUAAUCAACGAUAGAGGUGAACUUAAAUUGGCCGACUUCGGUUUAGCGCGAGCAAAAUCUGUUCCGACCAAAACUUACUCCAAUGAAGUGGUAACUCUUUGGUAUAGACCACCGGACGUCCUUUUAGGUUCAACACAUUAUACAACCUCUAUCGAUAUGUGGGGAGUUGGAUGUAUCUUUCAUGAAAUGGUUACUGACAAGCCCAUGUUUAUGGGUAAUAACGUUGAACAUCAGCUUAAUUUAAUUUUCAAAAUAAUGGGCAGUCCAAGUGAAGAUACAUGGAACUCACUGUUUCAAAAUAUUAAAGUAAACUCCAAUAUUGAAUUACCCGAUUCCAUGCGGAUAAAGUAUUCUCAUCAUAAAAGAUCUCUUGGGGAAAGAAUCCGUCGAUUAGAUGCCGAUGGAUUUGAUCUGCUUUUCAAAUUUUUAGAGUACGAACCAACUUCUCGGAUAACAGCUGAUGCCGCAAUGAGGCACAGGUAUUUUGAUUCAUUCGGUCCACAAGUACAUGAAUUAAAAGAUACUGAUUCAAUCCUUUCAAUACCGGGAAUAAAAUUACGCUUCAAUUCAUCUACACCUAAAUUCAUUAAAACCUCUCAAUCGGAUAGUAAAAUUAAAAUCUCACAGUCACAGUCGCAACAAUUCAAAGUGAAGGACGACAAUUCAUCUGCAAAGAAUGGUAAAUUCAAUAAAUUUAAAUUAUCUCUUGCUACAAUCAAUUAAAUUCCAUCCUAAUCAACAAAACAAAUUUAGCUGAUUUAUUGUGACUUGAACUUUCCAUUUCAUCAUUAACUAUCUGAAUGCACCACUUUUCAAGAGAUUAUCAUAUUCUCAUUUUAUACUUCAUUUUUCCUGCAACUUUUUGCAGCUUUUACCAGUUUUAAUGUUAUUUUUUGAUUUCACCAAAUUGUAACCAAAAUUAAUUUCCAGCAACAUCAAAGAUCGUCAAUGAUGACAAAUAAAAAGACAAGAAAAAGCCUCAAAAAAAGAGACAUCAAUUUUUACGUUUAAACUGUAAAUGUUUACAAUCAAUUUCACUUUUGAUUGCCAUUUCAUUUGUUUGAAACAAAAUUAUUUUGCUUAUUUAAUAAUCAAUGUAAUUGGUUUAAUGAUUAAAAUUGAAUUUAUAAAUUCAAAGACAAUAUUGAAAAGUAAUGAAAAGGCAAACAAACCAACCUGAAAAAGUACUGCACAACUUGAAACGCUUUUGUAUUGCAAUUAAUCUAUUAAAGUUGCUUGGUAAUAA